GUUGAUAAUAAAAUUUGCCAUCCAUCGGCACAUAUCUGGAAUAGAAGCGAAGGGAAGAUGCUUAUCCGCCAUCUUCACUCCAACGCGCCCUCGCAUCUCCUUGCUAUUCCGGGCUCUAAUCUCGACUGGAAUACUCGUAUAGUCUUGUCUCCUCCCCAUCCUUCGCACCGCCUCUCUCUUCCUCGCCUUUCCAUUCAACCCCAAAACCCCGCUUUCGUCGCCAGAGCCAGUGCUGACAGGCAGGAUAAGACCAUCGAAGAAGAACUCGAGGAAGUCAAAGCUAAACUAUUAGAAGAAGACGACGGACAGGGGGAUGGAGGUGAAGUAGGAGACAAGGAGGUGUUCCCAUUUUCUGAUGGAUUUCGGGGAGAUGAGGGAGGUGGCGAAGGGGAAGGCAAAGGGUUCUCGGAUUCGGAUGUACAUAGUGGGAGAAGAGACGAGAAGGAUUACGACAGAGACCCCGACAUCGCGGAGAUACUUGGUAGCUGUUUCGAUGACCCCCAGAAGGCCCAGGCUCGAGUGGAAGAGAGGAUAAGAAGGAAGAGGAACAAAAUAGUGCAAGCCAAAACUGGGUCCGCCGCACCGAUGAUAGUAACAUUCAACAAGUUUGGUUUUUCAAACUCCUAUAUAUGGUUCGAAUUUUAUAAUGCUCCAUUACCAAAAGAUGUGUCACUAAUCUGUGAUACUAUUCGAGCUUGGCAUAUUGUUGGGCGCCUUGGUGGGUGCAAUUCUAUGAACAUGCAAUUAUCACAAGCGCCUUUGGAUAAUAAAAGACCAAGUUAUGAUGCAAUUCAAGGAGCAAAUGUAACGCCAACUACCUUUUACAACAUUGGUGAUCUCGAGAUUCAAGACAACUUAGCACGCAUAUGGGUAGACAUUGGUACUAGUGAACCAUUGCUUCUGGAUGUGCUGAUUAAUGCCUUGACCUGCAUAAGCUCGGACUAUGUAGGGAUCAAACAAGUGGUCUUUGGGGGAUCGGAAUUUGAGAAUUGGAAGGAGAACUUCGCAUCAGAGGAUGCUGGCUGUAGCAUCCACAAGAUAUAACUUUUUCUCUGAUUUAUAAAAGUAAAUGGCUGUCGAGUAACUCUGUUCCACCUGCAGCUACAUUGUUCAUCGGUAUUCUCCUCAGAAGUGACAUUUAGGAUGAAACUGAUGAGUAUUUUGAUCUAGAAUCCCCUGUUUGCUAGUUUGAACAAGGAAUUGCUUGUAUUGUCAUCAGCUAUAUCUAUUGCUCGCGGUAUUAUGCUUUCCAUUUGCUCAAUUGUCAUGUUAGCUAUAUUUAGCAUGAGGGUGUAGGUAUUUGCAAGUAUAGUUUGAAUCUCCCAUGGUCGGAGAUGUAAAAGGAGGACAUGAAAAAUCCUUCAAGAAUUAUGAUGACUACCAAAUAUUGUUGAUCUGCUGUAUAUCUUGCUGUCAAACUUAUUUUUUGAAUUUA